GAUUACAAGCCCGUAAUUGACGUUGUGGAGCCAACUGAACUAGUGACAGACGAAAGAAAAUAUGUAACACGACAGACAGUCCCCUUGUCAUACCAACAAUAUGGUAUGAUGCUUAUUUCAAUGCAUUUCAUUACAAAUCUGUUGGGCAUCUCUUCCCUUACCUUACCGGGUAUGAAAGAAAAAGCCGGUGGUCAUGGCAAAUCUUCAUGUUUUCUGCUGUGGAACUAAUAUUUUGAGGUCAGGCCUUGAUGUUUGUACCUGUUAUUGCGGGAAAUCCAAAACAUCGCCCAUACCCAAGGUCUUUAAAGAACGAAAACACAAGAUCUAGAGAUAACAUCAAUACGAUUCGACAGGAGGCCCCUUUAAUUAACAGAAAACGGACUUUAUGCCAAGAUUUUAGGCAGAAUCUUGAGGGUUACGUUAUCAACUCGACAACGUAUUGA